GCCCUGGUUAUAAGCUGUGGAUGUGGGACUGUACAAGCUGAAGUCACUGCACUUACCUCUCAGCCAAGCCGACUGAAAUACCCUGCUUGCCUGUACUGUCGCUCUCUCUCUCUCUCUCUCUCUCUCUCCUUCCCUCCUAGAGUUGGAGCGCUGAGAUUUGGAAAGUGCGCCUCAGACCCACUUUUGGUCAACCUGAAGACUGUACAGAGACGGUUUUCCACUCCUCUCUCUUCCCUUCGAUCCCACUCUCAGUCACUCUCUCACUCGCUCGCUCUCUUACUGCAGAAGCACAUGGACUACAUUUUCUCCAGAGAGACAGAGAAAGAAGCAAAACAAAAAUAACAUUUGUUCCACCUGCCAUUGGUGAAAAUAUUAAAAUUGUUCUGUUUUUGGACAAACUCGGACCAGUUUUCAAACCAGCUGCAUUGCAACAUUUAUUUAUAUAUAUUUUUAUUCUCUUUCGUUCCUUUGACAUUGACUGAUCUGAUACCAUCCUAAUUUCUCUGGGAGACAUGCGUGGCUGAAGGAGAAGAGGAGCCAGAGACCAACCUGAAAUUAACACCUCGUUGACACCCUCUCACAUCCCGUUCCUCCAUCUACCAUUCAACGCUUGGAGGAGAGAAGAAAAAGUUGCUAGCAGCUAAACCUAGAGCCGGGGAGUCAGAUGACCAUGCUGUUGGCUCCUGUCUGUGUGCUGCUGCUGCUGGGGGGCCGUGUUCUUGGAGGAGGCUACCCCCCCAUGCCCCAGAUGAAGUACAUGCAGCCCAUGAUGAAGGGCCCCGUGGGACCUCCCUUCCGAGAGGGCAAGGGACAGUACCUCGACAUGCCACCCAUGAUGGACGUAAAGGGCGAGCCAGGGCCCCAAGGAAAACCUGGACCUAGAGGCCCAACUGGGCCCUCGGGACUUCCGGGAAAACCAGGGCUGGGGAAACCAGGUCUCAAUGGCCAGCCUGGCCUUCAGGGGCCUCCAGGCUUUCCGGGCAUUGGGAAGCCAGGACUUCCGGGUCUCCCAGGAAAAGGGGGAAUUAAGGGGAUGCCUGGGAAUAAUGGAGAGGUUGGACUCCGGGGUGAACCAGGCCCCAGAGGACUUCCAGGUCAACCAGGUCUCCCCGGCCCAGCUGGCCUGUCUCUUAAUGGCAAACCUGGCCUUCCCGGUGGGAGUGGCCAACCUGGGUCUCGUGGAGAACCAGGACAGAAAGGUGGGCCUGGAAAUCCUGGGGAGCGUGGACUCAAGGGAGAGAAUGGCAAUGGGAAUCCUGGAUUGCCAGGAACCAGGGGCCCCAAUGGGCUCAGGGGCCCCCCAGGGCCAGCUGGUAAUCAGGGCAUGGGAAAACCAGGACUUGACGGGCUUCCUGGUCCUUCUGGGCCUAAAGGGGACCAGGGGCUCCCAGGAGGAAUAGGAGAGCCGGGGAAGGCUGGAGGUCCAGGGCCGCAAGGCCAGCCAGGAUCUGUCGGAUUGGGCAAGCCUGGUAAUGAUGGAUUGCCUGGAGGACCCGGUCCACUUGGGCCUAAAGGUGAGCCAGGACAGAGGGGUUCUCCAGGGUUUCCUGGAGGUCCUGGCUACGGCAAACCUGGUCUACCAGGGACAAAGGGAGACAAGGGCCUUUUCGGGGGACCAGGCGUCCCUGGAGAUAAGGGAGAGCCUGGGAUGGCGGGACAGCCAGGAGACAUGGGCCCAGAUGGACGGCCAGGACCACCAGGAAUACAGGGCCCCAUGGGGCUUUCAGGAAAACACGGCAUGCCUGGCCUGAAGGGAGAGUUGGGUCCACAGGGGCAUCCAGGUCUGCCAGGGAUCAGAGGGGACCAGGGUCCUGGUGGUAUGUCUGGAAAACCAGGCAUUCCUGGAGACAAAGGGCUCCCGGGCCCUAACGGGGCUAUCGGAAAACCUGGGCCCAAAGGCGAGGCAGGGCACAUAGGCCUGCCAGGAAAUCCUGGUCUGUUAGGCAAUCCUGGACCAAAAGGGGAGCUUGGGUUUGUUGGGUCUCCAGGACCAAGAGGCCAGUCUGGAAUCCCCGGUCUGCAGGGGCCUUCAGGGCCAAUGGGGCCACAGGGUAUCCCAGGUCUGAAGGGCGAACCUGGGCUGCCGGGUCUUCCAGGUCUGGGCAAGCUCGGAGAAAAAGGAAUUCCAGGUCCCCAAGGUCCCCCAGGAAAGCCCGGCAACUCUGGACUCAACGGCAACCCCGGCCCUCCAGGGCCACCCGGGCCCCCUGGCCCUGCAGGAAACGGACAAACCGGGGUGGCUGGGCUAACGGAUUCAGGGCUGGGUGGGGACGAGGUACCAGACGGGAGGAACGGAAAACCACAGUUUGGCCGUGCAGAUCUCUCCGCCACCCUGGCGCCCGCGUUUACCGCCAUCCUCACCACAGCCUUCCCUCCCUCCGGGACGCCCAUCAAAUUCGACAGGACCCUGUACAACGGGCAGAAUGCCUACAACCCUGCCACCGGUAUCUUCACCAGCCCCAUGUCUGGCGUCUACUACUUUGCCUACCACGUGCAUGUAAAGGGAUUCAGUCUGUGGGUGGCACUGUACAAGAACUAUGUUCCAGCCACAUACACCUACGACGAGUACAAGAAGGGCUACAUGGACCAGGCGUCCGGUAGCGCCGUCCUUGAGCUGAAGGAGAACGACCAGGUGUGGAUGCAGAUGCCCUCGGAUCAGGCUAACGGGCUCUACUCCACCGAAUACAUCCACUCGUCCUUCUCAGGGUUCCUGCUCUGUCCCACAUAAUGGCCUGCUAGUCAACUAUCACCUAGGGUGCCUUCUGAUGUCCCUGUAUCAAAACACCAGCAGCCAUAACAGAAUAACACCACCUGUAUAAUGUUAUCAUCAACAACAUCAACAACGACAGGAAAAGACGUUGUGAAAGGAAGAUGGAGAAUUAAAAAGCAGGAGAAGGAUACUUCAUGCUGUGCUCUGUUUUUAUCUCUUUCUUUAAAAUGUCUGUUUUUUUUAUUUUUCCGUGUUUGUUUUUUUUAGCUUAUAUUAUUAUAAUUAUUGUCAUAAUUGUUAUUAUUAUUUUGUCAUCGUUGUCUGUAUUGUUGUUGUUUAUUGGAUUCGGACUAUUAAGUGCCUUACUUUGUCUAAGUAACAGUUAUUAUGCUGCGUUCAUAACUAUUUGGGAAGGUGGUAAAUACCAUUUGGAUGCAUUCACGUUCUUUGAACUCAUUGAGAAACGCCGAUUGGCUAACAGCUAUCGUGCUUGUAAAAUAUUAUAGUGUUUAAAAACCAUAUUAAUAGCUUGCUUUUUAUAAAUAAUGUUUUGUUGUUGCAUUUAACUGUCAUAAAUACUGUUAUAAUUUCCUUAGUAGGUGACGUUGGAAGUCAACAUGUGGGAGAAGUCGGAGCUCAGCGAUGAUAGACAAGUUUCCCACUAGUAAUUACCAGUUAGAGGAGCACUAAAGUGUUUUUUCCCCAGUCGUAUGUGGUAAAUACCACCUUCCCACUUCGUUAUGAACGUAGCAUUAGACCUACCCAUGUGACUGCACAUCCUACCCAAAUGCUCUGACAUCAGUUGGAUGAAAUUGUCAGACCCUGGGGCUCUGAUUGCUUCCCCUGGCUGCAGUCACUUCCUGCACAAAAACCUCCCAUUUCCUUCUGUGUGCGCGUCCUUCCUAUUUAAAUCAAUAUUUCACAUAAAGAUGUACCAUUACACAUACAGUAUGAAGAGUAUAUUCAAGAAACAAUUCCUUCCUUAAAUAAUAUCCAAUACUUUUCACUUUACUUUAACAUAUUUUUUUGAAUACCUGUUAUAAGGAUCGAUGGAUCAUUGUUUAUCAGUAUGCUCUGAUGUUUUGACAGUCAACUUCUAGUUGUCUGUUGGGUGCUAAUUUUCUGGUUCUAUGAGAGGCCGGUGCUGAAGUCAUUGCUGGUCAUUCUAGAAGGUGACGGUUUUGGAUCAUGGCUAUGACUUGAUCAAUAAGAAGUCAUUGCUGGUCAUUCUAGAAGGUGACGGUUUUGGAUCAUGGCUAUGACUUGACCAAUAAGAAGUCAUUGCUGGUCAUUCUAGAAGGUGACGGUUUUGGAUCAUGGCUAUGACUCGACCAAUAAGAAGUCAUUGCUGGUCAUUCUAGAAGGUGACGGUUUUGGAUCAUGGCUAUGACUCGAUCAAUAAGAAGUCAUUGCUGGUUAUUCUAGAAGGUGACGGUUUUGGAUCAUGGCUAUGACUUGACCAAUAAGAAGUCAUUGCUGGUCAUUCUAGAAGGUGACGGUUUUGGAUCAUGGCUAUGACUUGACCAAUAAGAAGUCAUUGCUGGUCAUUAUAGAAGGUGACGGUUUUGGAUCAUGGCUAUGACUUGAUCAAUAAGAAGUCAUUGCUGGUCAUUCUAGAAGGUGACGGUUUUGGAUCAUGGCUAUGACUUGAUCAAUAAGAAGUCAUUGCUGGUCAUUCUAGAAGGUGACGGUUUUGGAUCAUGGCUAUGACUUGACCAAUAAGAAGUCAUUGCUGGUCAUUAUAGAAGGUGACGGUUUUGGAUCAUGGCUAUGACUUGACCAAUAAGAAGUCAUUGCUGGUCAUUCUAGAAGGUGACGGUUUUGGAUCAUGGCUAUGACUUGACCAAUAAGAAGUCAUUGCUGGUCAUUCUAGAAGGUGACGGUUUUGGAUCCUGGCUAUGACUUGACCAAUAAGAAGUCAUUGCUGGUCAUUCUAGAAGGUGACGGUUUUGGAUCAUGGCUAUGACUUGACCAAUAAGAAGUCAUUGCUGGUCAUUCUAGAAGGUGACGGUUUUGGAUCAUGGCUAUGACUUGACCAAUAAGAAGUCUUUGCUCUAUCCAACUUGUGUAAGAUCCACACAAAGCAGGGGACACAGAGAGACAGCAGUAUUAAACAUCCCAAAGUAACCAUGCUUUCCCACGUUUUCCUCUUCUUUGACAAAGCAUCAAUAUCUAAACCAGUAACCUAAAGAAUUAUAAAUACUGUAUAUAGAACACAUUAAAUAGACAAAUAAAUAAAUAUAUGAAUAAAUGUGUAAGUUAAUCAUUAUAUUAAUAAAUACAUUAUGCGUCAGCUAACAGACAGAAAUUGUGGGCCAAAUGCAGUCGGAUCAAUGUCAUGUUUCCCUGCAUCGAUCCAUUCUGCGGGUAUUCCCAUUUACUACCUGCAUUGCAGCUCCCAUGUCACCCUCAUUGCGUGCUCUAUGGCACACACAUAUUGAUGACAUCACUGCUUCUUGUGUCCGCUAACGCCAUGGCUGCGGCCUAGCAAUCAAUGCCCUAGUAUCUUUCACAUUAACAACCGGCUAAAGGCCAUCCAACAUGUUUCUACAGAGUAACCCUUUCAAGGUUCAGAUGAAACCCAAUGGGUGCAUUGGGUGCAGUUCAAAUGAUCUUACACAACGCUCCCAGUAUUUGGUGCUAUCGUUAUUAUCUCAUUGUGAUGACAAAUGUACAGUAACAAUGUACAAUCCUCCAUAAGCCUCAGUAUAACAUAAAGGCUAUACAUUCAUUUUCCACCGAAAGAUACAUCCACAACUAACAUGGUUUGUCCAUUGCUUGGUUAAAUGGAACAUCUGAUGUUGCCACAGUAUAUUCCUAGUAGAAGUCUUGUGACAGGAUAUGAAAGAAGGUUCACUUUUGGAAAUGACCAUACAUGAAUCUCCAUAAUAAGUCAUGAGAGAGAGAGAGAGAGAGAGAGAGAGAGAGAGAGAGAGAGAGAGAGAGAGAGAGACUGACAGAGAGGGAGGGAGCGAGUGACAGAGAGAGAAAGAGAGAGACUGACAGAGAGGGAGGGAGUGAGAGAGAGGCCCUGUGGUUGUGAAAUUGUUCUUGCAUAACAGUUAAAAUGGCUCUGUUAUUUCUGGGAGAAACGGUGGGACAAAGGUGAGAAGGGUAUUUGCUGUGUGAGUUCUCCUAGUGCAGUACAGUGUUUGUCCGUAUCUAUUUUUUUAACUCCCAGCCGUUAACACUUUACCCGGGUGACAGAUGAACUGCAGAGACCAUGGAACAUGCUUUCUGAGUCAUGCACUUCUAGUUAAUACUCCACCACAGUUUUGAAUUGAAGAUCUGAUGUGGUUCAAAUAGGAAAUGUGUGUCAUCAUGAAGGUUACCUAAAUGCACAUGUAUGGUCCUAUAGCUUGGUCAAUGUCGCAAAGAGAAGAAUUUGGUUUGGUAGUAGUAGUGGGCUACACAUCAUGCAAAGAGGAGAAUUUGGUUUGGUAGUAGUAGUGGGCUACACAUCAUGCAAAGAGAAGAAUUUGGUUUGGUAGUAGUAGUGGGCAACACAUCAGGCAAAGUGAAUAAUUUGAUUGGUAGUAGUAGUGGGCAACACAUCAUGCAAAGAGAAGAAUUUGAUUGGUAGUAGUAGUGGGCAACACAUCAUGCAAAGAGAAGAAUUUGAUUGGUAGUAGUAGUGGGCAACACAUCAUGCAAAGAGAAUAAUUUGAUUGGUAGUAGUAGUGGGCAACACAUCAUGCAAAGAGAAGAAUUUGAUUGGUUGUAGUAGUGGGCAACACAUCAUGCAAAGAGAAGAAUUUGAUUGGUAGUAGUAGUGGGCAACACAUCAUGCAAAGAGAAGAAUUUGAUUGGUAGUAGUAGUGGGCAACACAUCAUGCAAAGAGAAGAAUUUGAUUGGUAGUAGUAGUGGGCAACACAUCAUGCAAAGAGAAGAAUUUGAUUAGUAGUAGUAGUGGGCAACACAUCAUGCAAAGAGAAGAAUUUGAUUGGUAGUAGUAGUGGGCAACACAUCAUGCAAAGAGAAGAAUUUGAUUGGUUGUAGUAGUGGGCAACACAUCAUGCAAAGAGGAGAAACGUCAAAUAGACACGUGGGAAAUGUAUUCAAAGAUAUACGACAGUAAUGUUGGAAUAAAAACAUGAAGGUUUAUCGUGAAGACCUUCAUUUUCUAGUGACCUUGGGCUCAAGGUUAUAUCAUACAGUAUAUCACACUCCCUUGCUGUAAGUUCAAUGUAGGGGCAUCAUAUAGUAUGUUUCCAUCAUUAGAUAUAUUUACUAUUGGUCAUCAAUGGUGAAAAUACACCAUUUAGACUGCCCUGAUGCUAUUCAUGGUGGAUAUAGCAGAAUGGUAGGUAGCACCCAUUUAUUUUUCUAGAUUUUGAGUUCUCUUUCUGUAACAAUACCCAAGAGGAAGUUGUAUUCAGAUUGAGAACCUGAGGCCAACAUUCAUUCACAAUGUUUAUCCAGGUUCGUGUGGUAAAUAAGAAGAAUAAUGAAUGUAGGGAUAUUGCUCUGUUGUCUGCAUAUUAAAACACUUGCUGUAUAGCUGUGUCUAAAGAAUGAUGUUUUUGAAAUGUUCUGGAGAAACGGUCAUCGGUUUUGACUGAGUUGAGCCUCGUGUCUCACGUUCAGUGUUUUAGGUUUAUCCAAUGCACUCUCACUAGUCUCGGUGCCCCCUAAUCCUCUCAUCAGAACCUGAACAUCCUUAAGCAAAGUUUGUGUAUCAUUACUGUUGUGUAAGUCUACUAGACAAUUCAAGACUUGUUCUUGUUAUGUACUGUAUAUCAGACAUUCGGAAAGCCAUGUUUGAGCGGUGUGGUCGGAUAGACUGUUACUCUCCUUGUCUAUUCCUUGUCACAGACAAUGUCACUUGGUUUCAGAGCUUGCAGUGUGUGCAAAUAAUUUUUCCCAAAUGUACUGCCUUGAUCAUAAACUGAUAAGACUUGUUUUCUAUUCAAUGAUUCAAAAAACUAUAUAAAAUACGCCUUGCUUCGGUUUUAAGGGAUAUUUGUUUGUUAUAGUUUGGAGAUAGAUGUUAUAGUUUGGAGAUAGAUACAAAUGAGAUAGAUACAAAUGGGCAUUUUAAUUUGCACAUGACCUUAAUGAAGAUGUCUUUAUACAUUUGUGAUAAUUUAACAGUAACGCCAAAACCGCCCACCGAAGCCUAGAUGGUAUAAAUGGUAUUUAACAGCAUUGAACGAGAUCAUUUAGAACACCUAGUUAGCAUUCUAGCAUUGUUCAUGAAGGAUUAUUUUUGUGGAUUUAAAAAAACAUGUUUUUGUGUGUAAUGUACAAUGUAUCAACCUAUAGGAUUGUUUUGUCUUAUACAUGGCUAUUGUGUGCUCUCUAUGCAAUAUGCGUAUAAAAUGCACUCUUUUUGAUUGAAAAUGUUUUGUCUGCUUAUACAAAAUCUACAGUACUUGAUUGUAUUGAUACCAAAUCAAUAAAUACUUUAUUGUA